GUCACCUGGUCCAGAUUUUAACGAGUACAGGCUCUUCCUGACUCGCACCUUUUGAACAGUCUCGGUUGUCAUUUGAUGAUCAUACAACGAAAACACAAAACAAGCUGACAUAACAUCUGUUGUUGAAAUCGUCAGCUUGUUUUGUUGGUAGCGCGUUUGGAGAUGAGUAUUUGGAAAUCUUCAAACGUAAUAAAUAGCCUCCUAAACCAAAGCAAGUUGAAUGUGGAAAGCAAAGGCCAAGGUGCAGUGUAUUUGUUGGUGCAUCGAUGCAUAAGUUUGUGCAACAUCCUGCAGCGGUCCCAUUACGAUUCGCUCGGAUUGACCCCCCGCGCAACGCAGAAUGACAUCAAGCAGGCUUAUUACAAGCUGUCGAAGCUUUACCAUCCGGACAAGAACGAGGGCUGUGACAACGCAGCGGAUAAAUUCCGAUCCAUCACCGAGGCGUACGAGGUCCUGGGAAAUUAUCGCCUUCGAAAGUUGUACGACAAAGGAAUCCUACACACGGCAGGUCGUCAGUAUGCCCAGCACCAUUCAACGGUGGAAAAGGAGCCGGAAGAGGACGACCCGCAAACUCGCUUCUACAAGAAACGCAUGACCCGAACUCACGUUCCGACGGCCUCGGGGCGGACACCGAUCUACGAUUUCGACGAGUGGUCUCGGAACCAUUACGGGAAGAACUUCGAGCGGAAGAAGGCGGCCGAUGCCAAGUUUCGCGCCAAGGUUGAAAGGGAGGAAACGAUUGAUUCGCACGUGCUCCAAGGGUAUGUUGUGUACGCGAUGGUGGGACUUGCGGUGUUUUAUGGAUUGAUACUUUUGAACGAAAGUUCACACGAUAGGCCCAAGGCGUUAGAAAAGAAACAGGAUGAUAUAAAGUAGAGAUACAUAUAAUGCUAGUAGAGUCAACAACAACUAAAAUGUACAUAAAAAAGUGCUUCAAAAGCAAGUAAAUAAAAAGAUUGUUGAAAUAGGUGAUGAGAAUAAAGCUAAUUUAUACAUUAAA